AGCGUGGCGUAUUACAGUCAUUGGCCUCUUCAAACUUGGAGGUUCGCCAGAUAAUCCCAGCUGGUACAGCAGCCACGUUGGCACAUGGAUAUCCUUCUAAGGGAAAGGAAUUCGUCGAUUAUCAUCUCCUCAUAUGUAUGAAAGAACAAUGUGGCGUUCAAUUCUAUGAUGAUGGAUACGAUGGCAUCUUCGCCAUCGCUGACGAUCUUCAUGGAGAGGUCAUUCUCGAAGAACUGCUAAAGGGAGCAGGCAUAUUUGCGAGCGACAUCCUUCAUGGUCAUUAUAAUUGAUGAACCUCCUCCAUUACUUCGGCAGGAGAUCGAAGUUAGCUUCUCGGGGAAGAUAUUGCCUUUUGACCCGUACGCAAUCGUGUGUGGAGCGGCUCUGAAAGUUAAAUGGCUUAGUGAGCCUGAGGUGACAUGCGCCAUGAGCAUUAUUCCGUUCGGACUGGGCGUGCAGCUUUCCGAUGGGGUCUUUGGGUCAGUUAUCAUGAGGAACUCAAUAUUGCCGGAGCAAGCGUCGAGGAGGUUCAAAUUUAUGGAAAGACAGAUUCGAUUCUUUACCGGAAGUGGGGUGCUCUGGGAGCAAGAAUACACUAACAGUUCUGCAUCUCAAUUACUUGGUACGAUGUAUCUACCUGUGGUUGAGGGAAACGCAGCGCCAUUUGAUAUAAUCAUAUCGAUUGCCAUCAACGAGGAUGGGCUGAUGAAUUUCACUGCUGUCGAGGGUGACAUUUCUAGUCAAACGUCUAUGAUUAUACCCUUCCCGCAUGAACCUCUCACGGAGGAAGAUAUUGCUGCAAUGGUCCGGGAAGCCGAGGACUUUGUGUCUUCUGAGCAAAGUGCGGAUAUGGAAUGAGGACCAAGGGUUAAAACAUUACAUCAAUCACCUGGAGGAAGGAAUGCAAUUCGACAACUUGCCGGUGAUAAAGGACGACAGACCGCUGUCAUCCAUCAACGGCGGCCCAUUCACUCCCAUUCAACUGAAACAGCCGCACACCUAUUCGACCCUAGCACCAGUAGUGUCCCUCU